AUGCCCAAUGACUCAUUCAACAAGCCCUCGGCUUCUUCGGACCAUCAUGCCCAGGGGGGUAAGAUGGGCAGCUUUGGGAAAGCCGCCGUUCUGAUGGCUGCUACUACUCCUGCCGCAGGUGGAGGGGGUGCCGGGGUCUUAGCUCAAGCCACCACCGCCUCGGGAAAGAAGUCUCCCCGUCUCCCCAAGUGUGCCCGGUGCAGGAACCACGGCUACUCCUCGCCACUGAAAGGGCACAAGAGGUUCUGCAUGUGGAGGGACUGUCAGUGUAAAAAGUGCAGCCUGAUCGCAGAGCGGCAGCGGGUGAUGGCAGCGCAGGUUGCAUUGAGAAGGCAGCAGGCCCAAGAAGAAGAGCUGGGGAUCAGCCAUCCUAUCCCUCUGCCCAGUGCCCCAGAGCUCUUUGUUAAGAAGGAAAACAAUGGUGGCAGCUCCUGUUUAUUGUUGGAAAGCAGCAGCCCAACACAUUCAACAAACACAGCAACUACAGCAUCCACCACCCCAUCAGAGGGACGGAUGCUCAUUCAGGACAUUCCUUCCAUCACCAGCAGAGGGCAUCUGGAGAGCACAUCUGACUUGGUUGUGGACUCCACCUACUACAGCAGUUUUUACCAGCCAUCCCUGUAUCCUUACUACAACAACCUUUACAACUACUCCCAAUACCAGAUGGCAGUGGCCAGUGACUCCUCCUCUAGUGAUAUGGGGGGCACACUAGUAGGGUCCCCUGUGAAAAACAGCCUGCGAAGCCUCCCAGCCACAUAUAUGCCAAGCCAAUCAGGAAACCAAUGGCAGAUGAAAAGCACAGAGAGCCGACAUGCCAUGAGCUCCCAGUACAGGAUGCACUCGUACUACCCUCCUGCCUCCUACCUGGGCCAGAGUGUUAGCACGCCUGCUUGUGUUCCGCAGAUCUUCACUUUCGAGGACAGCCCCUCAUACUCAGAGUCUAAAGCAAGCGUAUUUUCACCACCCAGCAGUCAAGAUUCUGGCUUAAUUUCCCUUUCCAGCAGCUCUCCUAUCAGCAAUGAAAGCACCAAAGGAGUACUGGAGUGUGAGUCUGCCUCUGAGUCUGGCACCUUCACUGUUAAUUCUGUCAUAGAAGAUGGCGAAUAA